AAUUUGUGAGCCCGUCCCGUCCGGCGUCCUCCGCCAGUCCCGCCUCCUGCAGUCCCGUCCUCCUCGUCGCUGCGCGCCGGCUCCUCGGCGCCUCCUGCCACCUCCCCAAAUCCAUCCCCUCGGCGCCUCCUCCUCCUCCUCCUCCUCCUCCUCCUCCAAUUCCGUCCCCCUAGCCAGGCACCUAGGCAGCCUCCCGUCGCUGCCCGCCGGCUUCUCGGGGCACGACGACGCCCCCGGCAUCCAGGCCCGUGGCCACUUCCGCGCGGCCGCGUGGCAAGUCGGCAACUGUAUUCCCUCCCUCUCGAUUGACCAGUAGACUGCAGUGUUGUGCUUAGCAGCUUAUGGAAACUGUAAACACAUGAUUGAAGUAUUGAUUCAUUAUUUCAUCCCAUUUUAAUUGUCGGUUGUUAAUUUUUAAUCAGUUCAUGUAAGAAAAGGAAUGGAAGUUAAUUGGCUAGUUAAAAACAUGAAUCCUUGUAAGUAUUGCUCAAUUUGAUAGAAAUACUCUACUAGUUUUUUUUUUGGCAGAAAUUCUCUAUAUGUAUUAUUUGACAGAAAUACAUAAUACUCAACAGUUGAUUUUUUUUUUGGUUUUGAAUUUAAUGUCAUCAUCAAUUUACAUGGUGAAUUGGCCUUGAUGCUAAGCCAUCUUAAAGCUCCAUUCCUGGAUCCACCACUGGAAUGAGUAGAUGCAGACCAUAAAGCGCUUGCCGAAGAGUGUCCAUAGUUCCUUGCGCUCAAGUGUUAUUCUGUCUGACCUGCCAAGGGUUAUUGAGGAGUUGAUAUAUAAUAGCAUUGAUGCGAACGCGAGUAAGAUUGACAUCGCAGUAAACAUCAGAGCUUGUUAUGUAAAAGUGGAAGAUGAUGGUUGUGGUAUUACACGAGAUGAAUUGGUUCUUUUGGGAGAAAAAUAUACAACAUCCAAAUUUCAUAAUGUGAUGGUCAACGAGGAGCUUAGUUCCAGAAGUUUUGGACGAAAUGGAGAAGCACUCGCAUCACUUUCUGAUAUCUCUGUGGUUGAAGUCAGGACGAAAGCUCGUGGGCGACCAAAUUCAUAUUGCAAGAUAAUAAAGGGAUCUAAAUGCUUACAUCUGGGGAUAGAUGACAAGAGGGAAGUUGUCGGCACCACUGUUGUUGUUCAGGAGCUUUUUUACAACCAACCAGUACGGAGGAAACAAAUACAAUCUAACGAGAAAAGAGAACUACAUCAUGUGAAGAAGUGUGUCCUGCAAAUUGCACUUAUUCAUCCACAGAUUUCACUGAGACUCCUUGAUAUUGACAGUGAAGAUGAGUUGCUAUACACAGCUUUUUCUUCAUCCCCUUUGCCUCUCAUAUCAAAAUUUUUUGGGGAUGAUGUCUCCAGAUGUCUCCAUGAGAUAACUGCCUCCGACCAGGGUUGGGUUCUUUCAGGUCACAUAUCUGGACCUGCAGAUGUGUUUUGUACGAAGGAUGUCCAGUACUUAUAUAUCAACUCAAGGUUCGUGAAUAGGAACCCGAUUCAUAAUAUGCUCAAUAAUCUGGCAUCUAGUUUUCAAUCUUCUAUUAUAAGCGAGAAUGAAGAAGAUGUUCAGAGCAGGAAGAGGCAGAAGACUGAUAUCUACCCUGCUUUUAUACUAAACUUUUACUGCCCUAGAUCCAGCUAUGAUCUACAUUUUGAGCCUACAAAAACCAUUGUGGAAUUCAAGGAUUGGCGAACUGUCUUGGUUUUCUGUGAACAAACUGUCACAAACUACUGGAAGAAGCAUCAACUGCAAUCACCAAAAGCAGAUGGAGAUGGAGGUUGUGCUGAUGGUACCCAUGUGCCUCAGAAAAAUCAUGUGAAAUUGGAUAAGGGCCUCCUGAAAGAUCAUAAUGUGCAGAACGAGAAAGAGUACGCUGACUUCGAAAACACUCAGCAUAGGAAUGCAGUCAGAGACACCAACAGUGAUAUGAGUUCCACAAGAGCAACAAGAAAUUCAGGCUGCUUUUCUUUUGUUAUGGAACCAUCCAUUCAAAAUGUCUGUUUCUCUGGAAGGAUCACUAAUUCGUUCUGCCUGAAUGACAAUGUUGCCAGUAUUGAUUACAAGUUAGGGUAUAAGCAAAUGCAUUCUCCUGGAAAUGGCAGUUGUAUGUGGUUAGAUGAUGGCUCUUCCCAGUUAGAUGAUGACAUUUCAAGUGUUAACCCAACUUGUUGGAAAAGGCAAAGGACAGAAGGUAUAUUCCAUGAGUAUGCAUAUUCUGGUAAUCUUGGAAUGCUGGAAGAUGUGCCAACUGAAGUUUUUUUUGCUCACAAACAAGAGUCUGAGCUGAUUGGUCCAGAAGUUGAAAUACCAGAAUCUUGCUUCAGGGUUCUCAAUAGGCCAAAUGGAACGACACCUGAUUUUGUGCAAAAUAAAACCAGCUUAAAGGCACAAACCUCAGGCUGGGAUGGAUUAUAUGACAAGUUUGAUAAAUUAAAUGGGGAUCGCUUAUUCAAUGAAACUACAGAAACAAUCACUGAUAUUUCUUACCCAAAGAUGUUACAGUUCAGUAAUGGAUUUUAUCAUGAUGAUGGUAGCACUUCCAGGGGCUCCUGUAGAGUUUUGAGAAAGUUCAGCGCCAGUAAGAAGUUGGGGACUGCAGCUGGAUGUGUUGAAGGGUUAGAGGCUGAUGCUAACCAGAUGAAUUUCCCUGAUAUUCAUGCUCUGUGGAACAGUGACUUGAUAGAUAGGUCCUCCAUCAAGGAUACUUUAAAUCAUUUUCCUCAUCCAUCCUUGUUGGCUGAUACACCUUGCAGUCAUCCAAGGACCUUGCACACACUUUACAGGAAAUCAGAUAAAUGCUUUCGUUCUUGGAACUGUGAUAAUGUUGACAGCAAUGUUAGAUUUGAUGUGGACAGAUUUAGCAAUGAUUCAUCUACAAUAUUUGAAGGAAUUAAACAUUUCAAUAACUUUGACAAUGAAAUACAUCCGCUUAAUUACUUCAAUAAUAAGUGUGGUUCAACCGACCAGCUUGGUUCUGAAGAAGACCUGAUAACUUGGAAAUCAAAAUUUGACAUGAGGUUGUCAGUCAAUAUUUCUCCUGAGAGAAGUGAUAAUGGUCGCAAUUUGAAUGUUCCUUCUUCGAAUAUGGCAAAUGGCAGCCUGCUUACUCAAAAUCUGCUGAAUCAACACAACUCUGGACUAAAUCAGAGACCCAGGACUUCCAAGGGUAGAUUUAGGAGUCAAUCUGCUCCACCAUUUUAUAGAGGGAAACUGAAAUUCUCUAGAUUAAAUGUGCCACUGAGCAAACCAAGCACAGAUAGCGAUAAAGAUAUCUGCAUCAAUAACCCCGAAGAAAAUCCACCUGCACCUGCACCUGCACCUGUGGAUAUCUCAUGUAUGAGUUCAACACAGCCUGUUCCUGAGACUGAUAGCAGUGGAUUUCUGGACCUAAAUUUCAGCUCGAACAUAUUUGUGAAAAUGUCUGAAGUUGCAUGUUCUGACGGGAUUGAGGACUCCACUGCUCAAAUAACUAAAUGGCGAGAUGACCCUGUCCAGCAUACAGCUUUGAACUCGUCAAUGCAUGGUCCUUUUGGAUGCUACGAUGAUAUACUUAGCAUUUCUUCUGGGACCUUACAUCUCUCUUGUAGUUCGCUAAUUCCUGAAUGUGUUGACAAGAACUGCUUUGAGGAGGCAAGGGUUUUGUUGCAGCUGGACAAGAAAUUUAUUCCUGUCAUAUCUGGGGAAACUAUCCUCCUUGUCGAUCAGCAUGCAGCUGAUGAAAGGAUACGUUUAGAGGACCUCCGUAGCAAGGUUUUAUCAGAAGAAGGACAUGGAGUUAGUUACUUGGACUCUGAGGAAGAAUUGUCUCUCCCUGAGACUGGGUUUCAACUGUUCCAGAAGUAUGCUGAGCAGAUUCAGAAAUGGGGGUGGAUCAUCAGCAGCGGGAGCAAUUCGUCUGAAUCAUUCAAAAAGAACAUGAACGUUCUGAAGAGACAAGUCCGUCUUGUUACUCUUGUUGCUGUUCCAUGUAUUUUGGGUGUCAAAUUGACUGGGAAAGAUCUCAUGGAGUUUAUUUGGCAGCUUGAUGAGACUGAUGGAUCGUCAGAUAUCCCCCCAGCAGUUCUCCGUAUUCUUAACUUCAAAGCUUGCAGAGGAGCGAUCAUGUUUGGCGACUCCUUACUACCAUCUGAGUGCUGUCUGAUUAUUGAAGAACUGAAAGCAACAUCUCUAUGCUUCCAGUGUGCUCAUGGGCGCCCAACCACUGCGCCCAUCUUGAACGUCACAGCCCUCCACGAGGAGCUGGCGAGGCUCCAAACGCUGAGUGGAACGCAAGCAGAGACCUGGCACGGCUUGGGGCACCAUGAACCCAGCCUUGAGCGUGCUCAGAUGCGCCUCGAACGAGUGAGAAAGCUACGCCGUUGCCUGUAGCCGUAGGACAAUAGCAAAUGGUUUGAAUCAGAUAAAAGGCUGUAUAGUUUGUAGAGAAGCGAGUGGAAUUUCACUGUGCUGUACAAUUGUACAUAUAUACUAGGGCCUUGUUUAGUUCCUAGAAAAUUUUGCAAAAUUUUCACAUUUUCCGUCA